CCCAGAGCUGCACAACAACAAAAGGACCCGGACGGGCCGGCGGCCGCCAGGGCAGCGACCGCAGCGCAGGAGCCCGGCCCGCCGCAGCUACCUCAGCGCCCGCCGCGCCGCUCGGCUCACGGAUGAUGACUCUUCCUGCUCCUCACCUAAGCUGAAAAAACACUGUGCACUUUAAUUUCCCGCCUGUAACCUUGGGCCAGCUGGAGACAGGGUUUUGAAAUCUCAGCUAUAAAGAUACCCAGCCAAAGUCUCAUCUUGCCUUAACAAUGUUUCAGAGACUGAAUAAAAUGUUUGUAGGUGAAGUCACUACUUCUUCCAGCCACGAGCCAGAAUUUAGUGAGAAAGAAGAUGAUGAGUGGAUUCUUGUUGACUUCAUAGAUACCUGCACUGGUUUCUCAGCAGAAGAAGAGGAGGAAGAUGAAGACAUUGGUGAAGAGUCCUCAGCAGAGCACACUUCUGUCUUCUCCUGUUUACCUACAUCUUUGGAGUGCUUGGCUGACACCAGCGAUUCCUGCUUCCUUCAGUUUGAGUCCUGUCCAAUGGAGGAGAGCUGGUUCAUCACUCCUCCCCCAUGUUUUACAGCAGGGGGAUUAACCACUAUCAAAGUGGAAACAAGUCCUAUGGAAAACCUUCUCAUUGAACAUCCCAGCAUGUCUGUCUAUGCUGUGCACAACUCCUGUCCUGGUCUCAGUGAAGCUAGCUGUGGGAACGAUGACUAUAACUCAAGUGGUCCCAGAAUGGAAGCCCAGAGUGAACUGGGGACGCACAUUCACUGCUGUGUUGCAGCGCUUGCUGCUCAGGCAACCUUUUUGGAACAACCCAAGAGUUUUCGCCCUUCCCAGUGGAUAAAAGGACACAGUGAAAGACAGUCUCUGAACAGAAAUGGCCUCCGUCGCCAGAACCUUACCAGGGAUUACCACACUCGACAAAUGAAGCACAGUGGCUGGGUGGUUCACCAGCCCUGCCCACGCCAGUACAAUUACUGAGAAGGCUGAGUUAUGUUGGUUGGCUUCCUUAGGUUUUGUGCAUAUGUAUUGGAUGUAUGUGCAUACAAUCAAAGUGCUGCCUCUUUCCAGCCAACUGAAGACCAAUCGCUUAGUGUAUCGGUGUGUUUAGACACUAUCACAACCAGAUUUUUGUGCUGUGUAUCACAAAAUGCCUUGCUCCUGACAAUUACUUUUAAAAAACCUUUUCAGAAUAUUUUUGGAAACAUAUCAAUACAGUGACAGUGUUUGGGGUUGUCUUUAAGUACAAUAAGGUAUAUAUAUAUAUGAGUUAGCAUCUUAAGGACAUUUCUCACCCCAAGUAUAAGAAUAGGCAUCUUCUCAAUUUCCUUUAUUUUGUAUUAUUUAAUCUUUUGUGUAAGCAAAAAUUUAUUCUCAGGGUCAGCCAUAUACUUUAUUGACCAGUACUUGUUAGUCUUUUCUGUAUAUAAUGAGUACAUUUUUACACUAACACGAGCAUUAACAGGUGAUUUUUUUUUUUUUGCCAUGGAUAUAAUGGAAUUAAUGGCUGAACUUACCUUUGAAAGAAAACUUGACAUAUUUCUGUAUGUAUGGUUCCUCCCCCCCCCCCCAGAUUAAGUCAUUGCAGUUCAUUGUGGAAUUCAGGUACAUUAACUUUGGUGAACAACAUUAUUCAGUAAUUCUGAUGUGACUCCAUGAUAUGGUACAAAUACUACAGAUGUUGUGGAGUAAAGCACUUGUUUCAUAUGCAAAGGGGAAAAUCAGACCCAGGAGAUAGUGUUUGGAAUCUGUUUGUAGAUAAUGAGAAGAGCAGUCAGUAUUUGGAGAUGUCUAGAGUUUUAACUGCCAGCUUAGUUGAAAAUGCACAAGUGUGUGCCCAAGCACUCAGUGACUAGAUGCUCAUGUCUGCCACAAGACAGGGAGGGACACAGUGAUAACUCCUCAGACAUGGACUCUGUCCUCCCAAGGGAUUUCUGGUGGCAUCUGUUUAUAGCACCCAAGUGAAGACUGAUGGGUUCAUUUCUACAAGCUUUCAUUUUUCAACUUCACAAUAUCUUUAACCACUUUGGCCUCUGUUUCCUCCACAGCAGGGGAGUAAUAAUACUUACCUCCCUCACAGAGUUGUGAGGAUUAUAUACUGAUGGGAGGUGGGGCUGUCAGAACUGAACUCUGUGAACUUCCAGGGUCUUUCUACUGAACCUAGUUGUGGGAAGCCUGACAGUUUCCUGCCAUGAUUAUUCUUCAGGGUUGGUGCUAAUGAGGCUAGAGUGCAGGGCUCCACUCAUAUAUACCAGUUAACGGCAUGUAGAGGAAAGUCCAUUUUCUUAACCUCUAUCUGGUCAGUUCUUUUUAAAAGCAGUUUUGGUGGAUUUUGAUGAGCCAGCUAUAAUUUCUGGAAAAUUAAACUCAUAUACAGCUUGAAGCGCAUUCUACUGAGGACAGUACCAUUGCCUAUAUAUUCAAACUGCUCAUUUCCCUAGCCCCUCUGCAACCAUAACUAAACAUUUGUUUAUUAAAUAAUUUCAAGGAAAAAAGAUACUGUUAUGUGAAGGAUUAUCCUUGAAGCAGCUUGAUGCAGGGAGCCCUGAGAGACUUUCAGGAAGGAACAGUGCUCCCCUCUGACAAGGCUGGCGUUUAGAGCUGCAGUUAGAUGUUGAAGGGUAUUCUGAACAAACACUGGCUGUGAUUAGGUGCCCGGAUGUCUCUUUAGAACAAGGAUCUAGAUUUCUUCUUCCUUAAUCCUUUUCCAUACUGACUCCCCCUUUUAUUUAUUGGUUUUCUAAUUAAGGGCCAAGUCGGUAAAGUUUGUUAAACUGAGAAGUUGUUUCUAUCUGUUCUCAUGGAGGUGUGCACAUUUUAUACUACAGCUGUUAUAGGGUCAUAUGUUGGUAACUUGAAGUGGACCAGCUAAGUGUCUUCUGGACAUGCUCUGAAAACAUGUAGCUUUCCCCCUACUUCCUUACAUCACAUGCAAGCCGUGUCUCACAAAUCAGAAUCUGUUUGGCCAGUAUGAAUUGGUUUGUGUAUUAAAAUACAGUGGGUUUUUUUUUCCCACCACAUUUAUUCAUCCCUUAAGUACACUUACAUCUCUGUUAGUUACUGACUUUUCAUUUGCUUUGUGUAUGCUUGGGGUUUUUUCCUGAAAACCAGCAAACAAAUCAAUUAUUGGGAUUUUUUUUCCCCUUUGGGGGUAAGAUUACCACACCACAUAUCAUAAGUAGGUAACACACUGGUUUUUGUCUGAGAAUCUAAAGUUUAUGUCUAAACUUGGCACUUAUAAGAACUGAAGAAAAAGGUUACGUAUCUCAUUUGAAGUUCUUAGUCAUUAGGUGUUUUGUUAGGCAAUUACUGUGUGUUAGCUACAAGUCUAAUAACACCACGAUAUUAACCUGUUAAGCAUUUUUUGGAAACAUGGCCAAAAUUACAUUUUGAGUUGAUUACUCAUUAUCCCCAUCACCAUCAUUUUGCUGUUAUACCUGCUAGUGGUUUACAGUGUUCUUCAAUGCGCUGAAAGUACAAGCAGUAAAAAGAUCCCAAGAGUUGAGGAUGUAGCUUAGUGGUAGAGGAUUUGCCUAGCAUGUGCAAGGUCCUGAGUUCCAUCCCCAGCACUGUAAGACAAAAACAAAAAGAAGCAAGACUCCAGUAUUUAGUAGCACUGACCAUUUCUAAACUGAUAGCUUUCAAAGUCUGGAAUACAUGGUGUGCAUCAGCUAUCUGGGGUCUUUUUAGCUUUUACCACAUUCCCCAAAGUUUGUGUUUUAUGUUAAACAUUAUAGAAUGUGUAUUCUGUUAAUUACGAUUUCCUGGGUUAUAUUCCGCACUGUAUAUAGGUACUUAGCUCGCCAUAUUUAUCUUUGUGAUAAUCUGUAUUUGUAUGGUUGGAUAGGUGGGGAAUUUUUUGCAGAAAUGCACAAAGAUUGGAUUUUACUUCCCACUGCAGGAAGUUCAAAACAAAACAGAACAUUAGCUUUCUGUAUAUUUUUCCAAUUUCCAGCAGACUGUUCUUUUUUAUUAGUUCUUUGGUUUUAGCAAAGAGUGCUUACUUAAAAGUUGCGAGGGCUCAUAUGCCUGGCUAUUGUUUUUGCUUCUCAAAUCUGCACAGGUUUACAGUCUUUGCUUUUGUUAAAAGUCUGAAUUGCUUUGCUAUUUGCUCCGUCCUCACAGAGGCAUUCAGUCUCUGUAUACUCUUAAAAGAAGGAAAAGCAAGGGAGGGUAUCUUCUUUAUUCUCAUUUUCUUUGAGUUGUUAACAAAAAUAAGUAUGAAGGACUACAACUAGAAGAUAGACAUUUAAAUGAAUUUAAAUAGACUAAUGGAAAGUUUUUACCUUUUUCUUUCUGUUUUAGAGACAGUUAAAAGACUGCUCCUUGUUCUAGGAGAUACUAGUGUAAGCUAUGGUUGCCUUGAAAUUAUCCUUUAUUUUUUUAAGGCCUAUAGAUACUAUUACCUUUAAAUUCUUUAAAGUAGGUAGGUUCAUGCCAUCAGCCUCUGAUGUAUUAUAAAUGGCAACCUACCUUCUUAUUCUGUUAAAAUUGUAUGAACACCUGUCUACUUAACAAACUUACAUGUAUGACAGUGUUGUCUACUUUGUCAUAGGCCAGUUUCUUUUGAAAUGUGACAGCAAUUCAAGUGGCUUAGGUGCAGACAGAUACCAAGAAUAGAUGCAGAAGGCAGUAAUAGGUGCAGAAGCAACAGGAAGUUGUUUUUUUCUUUUUUAAAAAACUGGCAACAGUAUCCUUUAUGUGGAAGAAAAGUUACUAUUCAGAAGAAGGCAGCUUAAAUGGAUGAUUUCUGUGUAUCAUUGAUAAAUUUCCUUAUAUUAAAAAAUGUUUCUAAUUGUUAAACGCCCAUUUUGGCUUUAUACUAGCCUGACGUUUUAGUAUUGUUUUCUAGAUGGACUUAUAAAAACCAAACAGUGCUUGGUGAGGGUAGAGGUGUGCAUUUGGGGGUCUCAGGUGUGUGUGUGGUUUGUUUUCCUCCAGAAGUUUUGAACUUUAAUCAAUAAUUGUGUGUGUUAUUUUUAAGAAGUGGCUUUAUUUGUUUCUCUAGUAAAAUUGUGAACACAUUUGCCUUGUGAAGGCAGGAUAUGAGUUAUGGAUUCUGAAAAGUAUUGUAGGUUGUACUAUGUGCCUUCUUAAUGUGUUUAUGGGCACAAUAUUUUCUCUCAUCAACUUGAAACUUAAAAGGGACAUUUUGGUUAGAAUAUAUACUGUACAUCAAUCUAUGCAUAAAUGGCAGCUUGUUUUCUUGAGCCACUAUCUGUUUUUCUUUUUUUUAUAAAUUUUUUAUACUGAUUGGGUCAGAGAUGGUCAGUUUUAUACAGAAUGAACAGCACAGCACUUUGCCAAAAAACAUGUAGCAUUGCUUAAACAUUGUGUAAUAACCCCAGUUCUUUGUAAUGGGUUUGGUAGUACAUUUUGCACUGCCCAGAGUUACAGUUUUUUAAUCUGUCAGUAAAUAAAAUGUCCUUUAACUUA